AUGAUUAAGGCAUGCCGAAAGCGCGGUGAUCAACCAGGUGUUGCGUUCUGGUCCCAUGCUCUCUUGGUUACUGAGACACUCAAGGAUGCGGGUCAGUCUGAAGAGGAAGAUGGAACAGUUGAUUUGGAGGUCGAGGGUGUCAUGAUGAAACAAAAUGUCAAAAAGGUAUCUAGGCUUUAUUGGAGGGAACCAAAUAUCGAGAACCUGUACAAGAUUGCGGACAGUGCUCCUGGGGUGGAAACAUCACUCUUCCACCGAGCGGGUGCCGCUCGCAUUCCACGAAUACGAACCAACAAAGUCGACCACCGGGCUCCGCCUAUUGGACUUCCUCGAUGUUUCUAUCGUGAGGAAUAUUUGUCUGCUCUUAUGCCACAUGAUUUGUUGGAGCUCAAGCUUGCGGAUUAUAAUAUUGAGAUGUAUGACUUUAGCGGAUAUGAACCUAAUGCACCCGAAGAUCAGGCGAUGGACACGAGCUAG